AUGGACGCCGAACAAGUUGAAACAUUAUCAAUAUCGUCUCCUGUUAAACAAGGAAAUAAACGAAUAUUUGUUAAUAAUGUAGACUUGUUUACUGGGAAAAAUAUAGGAAAGUAUUUGAACGGCUGCUUUCCCGGAGCUUCGCAGCAGCCCCUAGACGCAGAGGAUGAGGAAGCUGCGUCGGUGCGAAGCUACGAGGCAUCGUCGCCGCAAGAGGGAACCUUUGACGUUUGUGGUUCGCUGAGUCAUCGCGAGGGCGGGCGUCCCCCGUGGAUCGCACACAUCGUCGACUCGUCUGAUAGGGAGUCGAUGGAAGAAGCAUUGUUGGACUGCGACGUCAUCGUCUACAACAUCACAGAUGGCGCUGCACAACUGGAGGAAGCUCGUUGGGCCGUGUCUACCUUGCAUGGCCACAUUGAUGAGCUAUCAUCGCAGAAAAUCUUCAUUCUCCUGUCGACCGUGAUGACCUGGGCCAAAAGCAAGCUGAUGGACGCUGAGGACCCAGAUAUUCCGUUUACUGAAGAGGAUUUUCGCAAGAGAAGAGCCCAUCCAAACUUCAAAGAGCACAUGUCGCUCGAAAAGCAUGCACUCAAACUAGGAAAAACCAACAAGUCCAAGUUGAUGACCUACGUCGUGGCGUCUGGCCUCACCUAUGGCUGUGAAGAGGAGGUGUUUCAUUUCUUCUUCAAGGAAGCUUGGCACAAUGCACCCUUCCUGCCAGUAUUAGGGGGCGGUGAAAACAAUCAGCCAACGAUUCACAUACAAGAUCUGGCCAGCGUGGUUCAAAACAUCAUCGAUGGCCGACCGAAAACCAAAUACAUCCUGGCCGUUGACGACUCAAGGAGUACAUUAGAAGAUAUAAUAAAGGCAAUAAGUGUACAUCUCAGCAAUGGAUGUGUCAAGCAGAUCCCCAUAGCUGACGUGUUCCUCUACAAGGACAUAACGCAAGUUCAGUGUGACAUGCUGCUGGUCGACCUUCCGAUGGAGGCGUCCUGCGUCAAGGACAGGAUGAACAUCCGAUGGGUCGCCGAGAUGGGCGUCGUGGAAAACGCCGCCGCCGUCGUCGCAGAAUUUAGGAAGUCUCGCGGCCUUCUGGAGAAAAGUGCUGCCAGAGCCAACGACGACGGCGAUGACGGUGAUGAUGACGAUGGAAAGGCGAUGGAGGAUAAAGAGCUACUGGAUGCAAUCAGAGAGGCACAGGAAAUCAACAACGGCAGAAUUGAGGAUCAAUACAUCACGAAUUUCUUCAGAGAUAUUUUGCUAUCUAAGCAAUGCCAGAACCAGGGGUUCAUAUUAGAUGGGUAUCCAAAGACGACAGAUCAGGCCAAAGUCCUGUUCGCAGUUACGGACGAAGAUCGUGAAGACAACCCAGAUGGAGAUCUAAAGUACAAUGCAUUGAUCAUGCCAGAGGUCGUCGUUCACCUGGAGGCGCCGGACACCUUCCUCAAGGAGCGGGUCAUCAACCUUCCCGAGGCGGUCGUGCAUGGCACACACAAUUCUGAGGCGGGGUUUACGCGCCGUCUCGACGAGUACUCGCUGAUAAACACUGAGGACGAGACCGUACUCAACUACUUUGAUGAGCUGGAGAUCCAUCCGGAGCGAAUAAAUAUCGCGACCGACGACAGCCCAGAAAUGAAACAAACCGUCGAGCAGAUAGUGGAGAUAAUUGGCGCGCCGCGCAACUACGGACCGAGCGAGGAGGAGCUGGAGGAGGCACGCCGGCUCGCAGUGGAGAAGAAGCUGCGCGAGCAGGAGGAGGCGAGGAUGAAGAGACAGCAGGAGGAAGCGACGGAGACAGCAGAACGCGCGGCCAGCGAGGCCGAGUGGGCGGCGCGGCUGCAGCGUGUGCGGCAACAGGAGAGUGAACUUCUGGCGACGCGCUCCGUACCAAUGCGCAACUACCUGAUGCGUCACGUCAUGCCGACCCUCACCCAAGGUCUACUCGAGUGCUCCAAGGUGCGGCCGGACGACCCCGUCGACUACCUGGCGGAGUAUUUGUUCAAGAACAACCCAUCUUCGGUGUGACAUGGAAAAAGCACAGAGCAGACCUCCCCGCACAACGUCUCUCCCAGCAUCUCUCUGUCACAGCAUCCCUCACACUCAUGGAACCCUUCACGAAACAGUCAGAUGUCGUCGACUAUUUAAUUGCUUUUUUCAUCGUGGUCGCUACCGCCCCCCCCCCCUCCUCCUCCACUCACCCACCUCCCACCUCCCCCCUGCUCUACGAGCGGGUGGGAUUCAUGGCUUUCUUUCCGAUCAUCAUUAACAUUCUGCUGGCGCCACGGCCCGCCCGUGUAGGCAGGCGCGCACGGGACAGCGUGAUGAGUCGUUAGUGUACGAUCCGCUAUUCGCGGUCGCUUCAUCUACUGCGUGCUUGACUUGACGUGCGACUGCGCGGCGCGUGUCGAGCCACUGCGGUUGUUGUGAGUUGUUCUCAUACUUGUUAAGCGAGUUGUUUCCCGCUGUGCCUGCGUUUUGUUAGCGUUCUGUAGUUAGCGAGGUAUGUUAAAGUAACCAUAUGUACGCGAGCACGCACACAUAAACAUCGAAUACAUAUCCUGUAAUAUAUCAAGAGUUUUAAUAAUACCUUAUCC